AUGGAAAAAACUGACUCAUUCGCUAUCUUGGAUAUCAACAUUGGAGAUAAGGAUAAUGAAAAUGCAGAAACAGGGAUAGGCAAAGAUCACGAUGAUUCUAAGAAAAAUUUGCCUUUCACAACAGUUAUUAAAAUUCAACGUGAUCGCGGUGAGCGCGACUACAUCGGAUUCGCGACCCUGCCCGAGCAAGUGCACCGAAAAUCGGUGAAGCGAGGAUUUGAUUUCACACUAAUGGUUGUGGGGGAGUCGGGACUCGGCAAGUCAACACUUAUCAACAGCUUAUUUUUAGGAGACCUUUACAAGAAUAGAAAAAUACCAGACGCACAGGAUCGAAUAGAAAAAACAACAACGGUGGAAAAGAAAACAAUGGAAAUCGAAGAACGGGGUGUAAAGUUGAGGUUGACAAUAGUGGACACACCUGGGUUUGGAGAUGCUAUUAACUGCGAAGACUCUUGGAGAGUUUGCUCUGCAUACAUCGACGAACAGUUUAGACAGUACUUCACUGAUGAAAGUGGAUUAAAUCGACGUCACAUGCAAGAUAAUCGAGUGCAUUGCUGUCUCUACUUCGUUCCGCCCUGGGCCCAUAGUUUACGUCAUGUGGAUUUGGAAAUGAUGAGACGGCUCCACCGCAAAGUGAAUAUCGUAGUGGUAAUAGCGAAAGCGGACUCCCUAACUGCAACCGAAGUAAAACGGCUAAAGACACAAAUACUUAACGAUUUGGAAGAACAUCAAAUACAAGUUUAUCAAUUUCCUGAAUGCGACAGUGACGAAGAUGAAGAGUUUAAGCAACAAGACCGAGAGCUAAAGGCAGCAGCCCCAUUCGCUGUGGUAGCUUCAGACGUUGUCCUGGAAGUAGGAGGCAAACGAGUACGCGGACGACAAUACCCAUGGGGAAUUGUCGACGUUGAAAAUCCACGGCACUCCGACUUCACGAAGCUACGGACGAUGCUGAUCUCAACGCAUAUGCAAGACCUAAAAGAUGUGACGCAGGACGUGCACUAUGAAAAUUUCCGAGCGCAAUGCAUCUCGCAGAUAUCGCAACAUGCUAUGCGGGAAAGAGGAAAGCUGAAGAGAGAUUCGAUGGGAAACAACAACGAAGUAGUAAUCACAGAUACAGAUCGUUUGUUGCUGCAGAAGGACGAAGAGAUCCGACGUAUGCAAGAUAUGUUAACGCAGAUGCAAGAAAAACUCAAAGCUUCCGAUAAAAAACACGACAGUAUUAUAGAUGUAUAG